UGCUUUCGUCUGUUCGGCACAGUACGCGCCCAGCGCCUACGCGGAUCGUCGAGGUGCUCGUCGUCGUCGUUUCGCCCGGUGGUGUUUUCAGUUCGCUCUUUUUUUUUUCGUUGUACGCAUAUAUUCGAUAACCGUGCGUGUUCGCGGACGCGACGUGAGACGCCGGUCGAACCAAGGAAGAGCGGAGAGAAAAAAGAGACGUCGUCUCGGUUCGACUACAGCCGCCGCCGCCGCUGCCGUCGCUGUUCUUUUCUCGACCGGCUCGAGCGUGCGUCUUUCUCGUCGGUGCGAACACAGUGGUGCAAGAGCCAAGAAGCACAUCGGGAUUUUACGCGAGGACCGGCGGUGUAGCACGUCUCUUGUUGUAUCUGGCUCCCAGGGCUGUCGUCGGCUCUACGCGACUUGCCAGUCAUUGGAGUUUGUCAAGAAUUCCGGUGAUCCUGCAGAAGGUGGAUCAGUCUCCUGGCGCUCCAGCAUGAUAUGAUAGCAGCGACGAAGGAAAGCUCCCCCUAAUGAAGAUGAAGAAUCCUUGCGUCCUGGCGUGGUUCCUGCUUCUGCCCGCGGUGCUGGGCUUCACUUUGCAGGAGGACGACCUAGUUUUCGACGACGUCGGCGAAGAGAGCAGCAGCACCAGUGGGAGCAGCAGCAUCAGCAGCAGCAGUAGUACAGCAGCAACUGUGGUCACCCGUCGCUAUGACGAGUACAAGACCAGUUGGCACGAGCAGAAACAUCAUCCCUACGACGUAAAAAGACACCCGUUCGACAGGUUGUCCAACGUUCCACACGUAGUCGUGCCCGUUGGCCACGUGCUCAAGCUCAGAGUACACCGGGAAGCAUUCAGCGGACCCGACGACUACUACGAGUUGUUCGACCCGGAUGGUAACAGACUGCUGCAAUGGUUGUACUGGGACGACGCCGCGUCGACUCUGAUGGGCAUCCCGACGAAGAAGGACGUUGGCAUCCAUCAUCUGAGCGUGAAGGUGAAGGACAAGCACGACGACACUGCGAAGGACCUGUUCGUCGUUCAAGUGGUCCCGGAGAAUCACGAGCAAGUGAAGCACAGGGAUGGGAAGACGCAUUGCAACGAUGGAGAGGAACAAACUUUGCUGACGAUACUGUUGGACGCGAGGUUCGAGAACAUCUCGCCGGCAGCCAGGGUGAACACCAUCGAGAACCUCGCUGGAUUCCUGGGUCUCCAUGUGAGUGCGUUUUCGAUGCAUCCGCAAAGCGCGAAGGAGAGUUUGAGCGAUGAUUCGUCCGUGAUUCUAAGCGGACCUGGGAACGAGAAACACCGUAAGGAGAAACAUUUGACGGCUCUUCAGUGGCAGGUUGGAUGCGACGGUCAUCUGUGGAGGCACCAAACAGACUUAGUGAGGCAACUCCGGGAACAGGCGAAGGACGGCACUUUGGCGGAAGUCAUGCAGCUUCCGGUUCUUCUGUGGCGCGUGAAGACGGAAUCGAGCUUGUUGCUGAGGAGCAGGAGGGAGGCUGGUUCCGGCGACAGCAACCCGGACGACUACGACGGCUACGAUGCAGAUUACGACGACUACGACGAGGAGGACGAUGAGGAUGGCGAUGACUUGCAAGUGCCACCGACCAUCAUGCCGGAUAUGAGCACAAACGGCGCCAGAGGAAGCUCGGGGCAGGAACAUCCUCACAGGCAUCACCACGGUGAAGAAUCCAUUGAUUGGAAUACUGACGAUAUCGCGAGUCUGCCGAACUUGUUUGACAUGAUGAUGAACAGAACUACUACGGACACCGCGCCAACUACAACAACCACUGAACUUACAUCACCACCAUCAACAACUCCAACAACAACAACAUCAACAACAACAACCACCACGAGCACGACGACCACCACCCCGAUUACUCCGACAACAACAGCAACCCAACAGUCAUCCUCGUCAACGGGUACUAGUACAACAAGUAGCACAACAACGAGCACAACAACAGCAGAUACAACAACGGCGAGCAUGACACCAACGAUCAUACCGUCGACCGAGACACAGGAUCGAACGGAGACCACCGAAGAGGCGACGAAAAACACGAGAUAUACGGAGAACAACGAUCUAGCUCUAAACGUCUCGUCCGUUACUAUACCAGAACUCACUACCAGCAUCCCCCCUUCGGUAGUCGUUCCUCACUCUAGCGCGACGACCACCGCUGAAACGAUCUUGGCUACGACGACCGUCGUCAUCGGAAGAACGGAGACGGACACCAUCGGUGGUACUGUUAAUGUCACUACGGAAGAGCCGACGGUCCCUACAACGAGACAGCCGACUACUCUGUUGCCAGUCUCAGUAUCAACUAACACGGCGAAUGCAACUAUUACCACCGCAUUCAUCGCGAGUACAACCACAGUGCCUACCACAACGACGCCGCAGAUAAAGACGACUCCGACUACUACCACCACGACUACAACCAUGGCUCCGGCGACUACUACUACGACCACGACGACGACAACGACCAGUACCACUACCACUACCACUCCGGCACCGACGACUAGCGCGGCCACCGAACCACCGGCGAGGGUUACCACGGAAACGAUCGAAUACGGGGUUUACAACUUCCCACCUAGACAAGAUAGGAGGCUGAAGAAGAUACCGGUCACCGCCGGGAAGCCGUUGAGCUACGUGAUACCGGAGAACACGUUCAGCGAUUUCGAGGAUGGCAACACCAGGCAGCUGCGACUGAGCUUGUACUUGCAAGGCGCCCCGCUGAAGCCCAGCCACUGGCUGCAGUUCAAUCAGACCUCGCAGGAAGUUUACGGACUGCCGUUGGAGAACGAUAUCUCAACGUGGACGUACGAUCUCGCGGCCACGGACAGCGAAGGAUUAAACGCCACCGAUCAAUUGGACAUCCACGUGCAGCAACAUAAGCUGAGCCGCAGCGUGAACCAUGAGUUCAGUAUUUAUUUGAAGAUCGACAAACGUUCCGAGUUCCCUACGGACAUCGACUGGGAGUUAAAAGUGAUUCGAAGCAUAGCUAAACUGUAUGGAGACAGCGACGCCAGACAUAUCACUGUCAGAUCGGUUGACGUCGAUCGCGAUCAAGCGAUCUUCACUUGGACCAAUGACAGUUUACCCAGAAGCAGCGACUGUCCCAAGGAAUAUAUCAACAAUCUGUUGCGCGUCUUGGUCGAUAGAAGCGGUGAUCCUAGCACCGAACUCAUCUCUGCCCUUCUUCCACAAAUCCGAGUGAAACGCGUAGUCUAUCAAGGCAUCGGUCAGUGCGAGGACAUCACUCGUCCGGAACCACCGAAAGUUUCCACGCAGGAGCCUAAGUCAAACUUCCCGCCGCUACCCAGAAACCAGGUGGACCUCGUCAACGCGACCGUCGGUCAAUUAUUGGUAUUUAAAGUGCCCGAAGAUACUUUCUACGACGCUGAAGACGGUUCCGCGAGGAACAUGCAAAUGUCUCUACUGACGAUCAAACGAAAGCCUAUUCCGGCGAAUGAGUGGCUGCAGUUCGACAGCAAGAAUCAAGAAUUUUACGGUGUCCCGAUGCGCAGCGACGUGGGGCGCAAAGAGUACCUCUUAGUCGUCACUGAUAAGGAAGGCGAGAGUGCCACCGACAGCUUGGUCGUCGUCGUCCACGACGCCUCGUUCAUGCACCACACGGUAGAGUUCUCCAUGACCCUGGACAUCCCGUACGAGUCGUUCGCACAUUCAGCCCUCCGGAAACGAACCUUCAUCGAGAAGCUUCGAGAUUUGUACCAAGACAAGGACACAAGCGCUAUAUCAUUGCACAGUAUAUCGAACGGUAGCACGGUGAUAACGUGGCACAACAGAACCCUGCCGACCACGUACUGCGCUCACGCGGAAGUCAGUAGAUUGCGAUCGGUGUUAGUGAAAAGCGACAACGAUCGCCGAUCGGUAACGGACGAGGUCCUCGAGGUGAUGGGCGACAAGUUCCCCGUGAAACAGAUCACUGUCAUCCCGAUGGGCAUCUGUCUCGGCGAACUGACGGACGUCCACUCGCCCGAUAAUCAUGUACCACCGGUGGACGACUCCACGUCCGUUGGAGCGUUCCGCGACGACUAUCUGAUCACGUUCGUUCUGCCGGCCAUAAUAAUCGCCAUAAUGUUAAUACUGGCGGGGAUCGUUGCGUGCAUCUUAUACAGACGAAGGCGCAGCGGAAAGAUGAGCGUCAGCGAACAGGAUGACGAGAGGCAGAGUUUCCGCAGCAAGGGAAUCCCGGUUAUCUUCCAGGACGAACUGGAUGAGAAACCCGAUCCAGGCAAUAAGUCUCCCGUGAUCUUGAAGGAAGAGAAACCGCCUCUACCUCCGCCGGAGUAUCAGAAGGCGGAAGACGGCGCGGACGUACCGAUGUUGCCAAAAGAGAAUUCCGAGGAACCGUAUCAGCCUCCGCCACCGUUCGCGACGAACCGCGAAACCAAUCGUCAGAAUCGUCCUAAGCCGACCCCGACGUACAGGAAACCACCCCCGUACGUGCCUCCCUAACAAAAUACGGUCCACUCGCCCACGCGUAAAUAUAUGCUAGCGAUGCUCGGAGACUCCCCAAUACACGCGCAAAACCAAACCAACCAUCAGAAGAAGCCUCAGCAUGCCGGUAAACUCGACAACUGUGCAUCUCUGAACGUAUACAAUAAUCUUACAAUUAACUAACAGAAAAAGAAAAAAAAAAGAAACUUUGAUUCGUCCCGGCAUUCGAUCAUUAAUUAAAAAUGCAAAAGAAGAGGAGAACCGAUCGAUUCGCGAGAACUCGCCAAAAAUCACACGCUCACGUUUACUUAAUUUAUCACGAUCAACUUUUUAUACGUAUCCGUACAUGUAUACUCAUUCUUUUAUCCGCGUCUUUUAUACAACGUACAUUAAAUGCGGAAACGAAGGGAGAAACGCGGGUAACUCGCAAGCGCGGCGGAUUUCGUUUCUUCACAAUUUUAAUUUCAACGAUCGUAUGCAUCGUUGCACUUUCAUAUAAUUUCAUCGAAGUAAGAAACACGUUUUCUAGGGAGUGUAUGGGAUGAAACAAAUCACGCGUUGCCUUUCGUAACGAAUUCAAACUGUAGAGAAAGAGAUAGGGAGAGAUUGAGAUAGAGAGAGGAGAAUGAUUUACUAACUCCGACCGGGUAAGCGAGAAUAAUUUUAGGUUUUAGGUUUACGAGGACAUUGUAGAACCAGCCAGUCGUUUAGGGCGAGAUGUAUCUGACUCGAUAACGAUAGAAAUCGAGGGGUCAGGGGGUGGAGGAAUGAACCGGGCGGGGGGAGAGAGUCGGUGUGUGUAUAAAAUCGCAGCAACGAUACUCGUUUAUAAUAUUUCAGUAAUAUCAGUGCCAUUUUUUAAGCAAUAAGGGUAUCCUGCUGUGAAGAUUAAAAAGCACGUACUAUAAAUGGUUCUACGACUUAAACAGUUUACCGUGCGGAAGACAAGAAAAUACGGUCUCCAAGUAUCAAUGGACUAUUGACUUAACGAAUCUUACAACGUACCUACAACGCGUAACGCUGCCAGAUUAAAAAAAAAAAGAAGAAUUAAUAAUUAAUGGAUAUUCGUCGUCGGACGGGACAGUUCUUUUUAUCGCCCAUUGUAUUCGAGCUGUUUUUUUAAUCGAAACUGACCCAUCCGAUGAUCGGUUAUUAUCAGACUUAAACGUUAAGGAUUUUUUUAAAGAGAUGAAAAGAAUAAAGCAAACUUAACUCGAAUGUAUAUCUGUUCGCGCGAAUAUUGCCAUUUGCAGAAUGACAUCAAAAUGCUUCCAUUGGCGCUGUAGGCCACGCAGAAUAAAAUGAAAAACUAAUGAUAAUAUAUACAAAUAUAUAUAUAUUAUAUAUAUAAAUAUGUAUAUUACCUAUUUGUCGUUCGAUAGACAGUCUGCUGCAGUUACUUAGAUCGAUGUUCGAGAAACACUGCCAGACCUAUUGUCGCAUAGCAUUUAUUUCUAUCAUCUUGCUCUCACUUAUUAUUUUUAUUUCUCGCACUGUACAGGAAGUUUAUUAUUCGUUUAAUAAUCCGACAAUUUCAGUUUCCUUUCAUCCUUUUCAGUAACGACGCCCUACGACUAUCGUCCAACACACGUUUCCUUCUUUUUACCAUUUGAAAAAUGGAGGAAGCUUUACAAGCAUCGUUUUAACUCGUCGCAGGCUUAAUUUAAUCUAGAUUUUAUAUAGUUACCAAGCCAAAAAACAAGUACUAACUAUUUAAAGCACAGAUGAGAAAAUUAAAUACGAUGGAACAAAGGUGGGACGGGAAUUAAUUAUAAAGUAAACGAGACCUACUUUUUAUCGUGUAUACAAACGAGAGAGGAGAGGCGUGAGAAAACCCGUACUUCCUUUGCGCAGAGCGCAGACACAUUUUAUAUGAAACGACACUGAUCUUGUACAGUUUUAACCAGCUGCUCUGUUGCGACGAACAUUUAUCCGACUGAUUUUCUUGAACGAAUAAACGCAAAAGAAAAUGUAUCAUGUUUUUUUCCGGGAUACGGGUACGUUUCUCUUCGAUACCUCGACAGUUUCCUGGUAUUUUUUAAAAAGCGGUGGAGAGGGCAAUAAACGAAGGGCAAGGAGAAGAUGGAAAAAAAAAGAAUGAACGAUAUCUAUCUUGCACCUACAAUUUGGAGAUUCCUUAACGGGCGGUUAAAGAAUCCGCAAAUACGAGUGGUCAAUCCUAUAUGAUAUUGAAACUUCGUAUGAAUGAUGAUGUUGAUAAUUGUGUAUGUAGAAUGACGAGAAGAACCGGAUGUUUCGUAUGCAAGCUAAAUUACGAUAUAAUAUAUAUUAAUAUUAAUUAACGUCUUUAUAAUGUAGAAGAUUUAAGUAUAUAUAUAAAUAUUAACACGCGACUAUCUCUUGAAAUCCUUUUUCAUCGCGGGUUCUUGCCUAUCGCAGACGUACGAAAUCGGGACAUGUAUUUGAAUCGCAGAAACAGCAUUAAAUUGCUUUUUCACGAUGAAUUCGUUCACGAAAAGUCGAAUGAUGUGUUAUCUAUUUUUGUAUCACAUUUUUUAUAUCCACUGAGGGGAAUCGUGAGCGAUCGGCGCGGGUGACCCACGUACGGGCUAAGCUAAAAAAUAAACCUUUUUUUACGAGAAAAAAAAAAUAUAAAAAUGCUCGGGUUGAGGACGUCGCAUUCGAUCGCAGGGGAAUCGUUUAAGGACUUGUUUUGCCUCGAUCUGCGGUAAGCAAGAGCGAGACUCAUAUCAUGCUUCGAAUCAUAUCAUCGCCUGUAUCGCGUAACUCUCAUGCGUUGCAAAUUGUGUUUACUUAUGAAGGAAACGUCGAUUAUGUAUAAUAAAACCGUGUACGAUAUUUAUAAGAAACGGUGUCAGAAAAGUAAGCCAGUGAAACGAAUCAGAAGAGAAAAAAGACACCCGGAGGGCAACCAGCUUUCCCUUUUGGUCGAUGAAACAGAAGGAAGGGUUCGGAAAGUAUUUUGUACAGAAGAAAACGGGACGCAAUGAAGAUUCCUGAGGGACACAAGAGUAACAAGUUCCAAAAUCGGGGGACGAAGAACGAUUAACACGUGUAUAAGGAAUUUCUCAUAAAUGGUAUUAUAAGGAUUGCCUAUUCGCGAAUUUAUUUUUGUCUGCAACGGCGCGGCGCCUCGACGGAACCGGAUGAAAGGGAAUUUGGAGUGAGUAGUGAAAAAAGAAAAAAAUGUUCGUCCUUCCUUCGAGCGGUGUCUCCGAUGAAACGAAUGAAAGGACGUUAAAUGAAAAAGCAUCCACACACAGACACACGCGUAUACAGAUUAAUAUCUCUGACAAGUACUACAUAUUAAACACGUGUAAAGAUUAAGAGUUAAUAAAGCCAUUUUAGGAUA